AUGGAAAAAAUGUGUGGAGAAAUUCAAGUGGUGUUUUCGAAAUUACGUGGAUAUCCUUCAAUUACACAUCAAGGUGCAAUUGUAGAACGCGAAAAUACUUAUAAUUCUCGUGCAUCGUUGUCGUUGCCGAAGAUUGAGCUUCCAAAAUUCGACGGUAGUCUUAUCAAUUGGUGCGCGUUUCGCGAUAUGUUCACGUCACUAGUGCAUGAAAAUCGGUCAAUAACGGAUAGAGAGCGCUUUCAUUAUUUGGUGUCUUGCUUAUCAGGAUCGGCCUUGAACAUUGUCAAAUCAGUUCCACUAACCUCAGAUAAUUAUGUAAUCGCCUGGUGUGCGCUUCGGGAUCGUUAUGAUAACAAGCGGCUUCUUGCUACAGCACAUUGCCUUGGUGUUGUUGAUUUGUCUGGAUUCUUGCUAUUCUACAUCGGAGCCCGCGUCAUUGAUCCUGAUACUCGUCGAUUAUUUGAAGCAAGUGUACCUCAAGAAAGCAUACCAAAGCUGGAUGAAUUGUUGGAUUUUGCCGCGAAUCGGUGUAAGAUUUUAGAAAACGUCGGCGCUAACACGGGUACACUGUCAGUGGGCAACAGUAGUUCUAGAAAGGGCAAGGGCGGCCAGACGUCCGUGAAGACUUCAUUAUCGACUACUGCCACUGCCAAGAACAAAUGUGCGUUUUGCGAUCGUGAUCACCCGUUAUUUCGAUGUUUAAUGUUCAAGAGGAAAUCGGUCGCCGAACGGCGGGAGUUUGUCAUUAAGAAAGAAUUAUGUUUUGUUUGUCUACGUCCGGAUCAUGAAGCAAACUCCUGUAAGUCGGCGUACUUGUGCAAAACUUGUGAAGGACGACACAGUGUAUUACUCCAUUUAGAUUCAAAACAUAAGGGUUCAGGGAAAACAUCAACACCUAAUGCAAUGGCAAUUUCAAAACCAAUUGAAAGCACCACGGAUCAGAACUUGAGAAUACAAGACCAAUCUGGUGAGCUGGUGCCAGUGCGAGCUUUAUUAGAUACUGGAUCACAAAUUUCGGCCAUUACCAAUCAGUGUGCGAUCCAACUUGGUUUACCACGUCAUAAGGGACGAGUAGAGGUUAGUGGUCUGGCACAGCAGCCCGUACGAACUGUUAAGGGUUCAACCAAUUGUAGCUUUAUUCCUUUGUUGUAUGAUGCACCGCAAAUAUCGGCCACCAACAUUGUGAUAUUACCAAAAAUCACCGCUCUUAUGCCGAAUCAAAAAUUACCCAUUUCAAUUCGUGAGCGAUACGGGCAUCUUCCACUCGCUGACCCCGAUUUUGAUGUACCAGGUUCAGUAGACAUGCUGAUUGGAGGGGAUUUAUAUCCAUUCAUCUUGCAAUCGCGAUCGGAUAUUGUCCAUAGUCCCGGUCUGCCGUCAGCCUUGAACACACAGUUUGGAUGGGUAAUAGUCGGAGCCAUAGAAGGGUCAAGAGAAUACUCUACGGCUUCAUCGUUGGUGGUUCAUGCGACAUCAGAUAAUCAAAAUAUAGGUGAGCUUUUACAGCGAUUUUGGGAAGUUGAAGAACUUGAUAUAAACCAUAACCCAAGCACAGAAGAUGAAGCAUGUGAAAGACAUUUUCAAGAAACAGUAUCGCGGGAUUGUAAUGGAAGAUUCCAUGUUGCUUUGCCUUUCAAAUCCAUAAUUUCUAGUUCAAUGGAUAAGGGAAAUACAAAGCAUGACGCUCAUUCAUUAGGCCUAGGAUCGUCCCGGGCAUUAGCUCUGAAUCGCUUAUAUAAUCUUGAACGUCGCCUAAGUAAGGACGAAGAGCUAUAUAACGCCUAUCGUGAUUUUAUGGAUGAAUAUAUUGCACUAGGCCAUAUGAAUUGUAAAACGGAAGGAGAAUGA